UGUCACAAAUAAAUAGAUAUCAUUUUGACAUUUGAUAAAACUAAAAUUUAAAGGCGAAGAAGAGUUUUAUUUGUGUGUUCAGUAUGUAAAUGUGAAUGUUAUAAUAUGUGGAAGUAGUUAAUAACAACAAUUUGGUUAAAUAAAAAUGGCCAGUAUUAAUUCAAAGAAAAACAGGGGGCCCAUAGUAGACCCCGCUUUGUGCAGAUGCUGCCAUUCCAUAAAGAAAUGUCGCCUCCUCACCUCGGAGUACGAAUUCAUGGACUCCAAGGAGGUGUACUCUGACAUGUUUAUGGACGUUUUUGGUCUCCUCCUAUCACAUCUAGAUGGUGACAAUACUGACUGCUGUAUAUGCGCUACAUGUGUGAGUCGUCUAAGAGAAGCCAGUGCCUUUAGGAAACAGGUUCUGCAGUCUGAGCAGAUGUUUUUGGAGGCACGCCACGAAAGCAAUAAGAAUGUUAAGCUAGAAGUUAAAGAUGAGGAAGCUUGCGAUUCUGAUUGCAAUGACAAUGUUGAUGAUUCGCUUGGUCAUCAAGAGGUGUUUGCAGAUUCAAUAAUGGAUACACAAAUCGACAAAACUGAGAUCACAGAUCUGAGCAACGCGGACCAGAAGUCUUACAAAAGAACACGGAACAGUCAAAAGACUAAUGUCAAAGAGCGUCUGAGAACUGGCAAAAUACAAAGGCUGCAUAGGAAACUGGAUAAAUUAUUAGAGCCAGAACUACCCGCAGAGAAACCACAAGCGAAAAAGCAAGCAGAAUCCAUGGACCAAAACCGCAUGGCCCUUAGCAAUACCGUCACUAUAGUAAACUACUCAUACGUCUGUCCUUUCCUCAACCGAAUCAGUUUCUACUACUGCUACUAUUGCAGGGACCAAUUCACAAAUCCCACUGAACUUAGAGAACACACCCUAACGCACGCGCCGGCUGACCUAUUCGAGGGUUCCAUAGAGAACAAGAAAAUACCGAAAAUCGAUAUCACCAGAAUCGAUUGCAGACUGUGCCCGGAGAAGAUUCACGAUCUCGACACGUUCAAGAGCCAUAUAACAGCGCAGCACGGAAAGUUUCUACACCCAUUAACCAACGAAUUCUUGAAAUUCAAGUUGACCUUGAACAAUUUGACAUGCACCGAAUGCAAUGCAGUGUUCCCUUAUUUCGACUCGUUAAAGAAGCACAUGGUGGACCACUUCGGCACGUUCACGUGCGACGUAUGCGGCGCUUGCUUCCUGGAACAUCAGUCAUUGCGCACGCACAUAAAGAGCCACAGCAAAAUCGACGCUAACUUCCCCUGCGAGAUAUGCGGGAAGAAUCUGAAGUCGAAAUACAGUAUGGGAUUGCACGUUGCAACUGUGCAUGAGAAAAUACCGACUAUAAACUGCUAUAAAUGCGACGCCGCGUUCCUUUCUUACGCACUACGGAAUCGGCACUUGAUUGAGGUGCACGGGGACAAGAGAACGUUUCCUUGCAAGUUGUGCGAUAAGGUUUACAAUCGUCGGAAAACGUUAAUCGAGCACCACAGACGAAAUCAUCUCAAAAUCUUCAACCAUCAAUGCGAUCUGUGUGACCAGAGGUUCUACCUGCCUUCCAGGUUGAAAGAACACAUGGCAACUCACACUGGUGAAAGGAACUUCCGUUGCGAGUUCUGCGACAAGAGUUAUCCUCGACUCCAGUCUUUGCAGGAGCAUGUGAGGUCUCACAAUAACGGAAGGAGGUAUAAAUGUGAUAUAUGCAGUUCUGGUUUCACGCAGAGCAGCAGUCUGAAGAGUCAUAUGAAAAGUCACCAUAAUGUAUUCGAUAUGGAUGCGAGUUUUAAUAAUUAACACAGUUUUUGUUUAUACAAGAUGGGAAAGAUUGCAGGUGUCACUUUGCGGAAUCCCAUGAUGUACAAUGAAACUGAUAUACAAAGAACAUACGCACACUCGACGAAAAUUACUAUGAACAGUGGGGAAUCGUACUACUUAUUUAUUUUGAGUUUAAUAAAUAAAUAUAACAAAAAAAAAUCCAGCGUUUAAUGAACUCAAAAACCAUAACAGACUUUUAAAUUGCCGCGUAAACGGUCUCAUCAAACCACGUGACGUCAUCUGUGUGUAAAUAAAGCGAUCGAGUGAACAGAUUGCGUUUUAAAAUGUUCUUAAUAAUGGAAAUGGAUCAAAAAUCAUAUCGGUGGUGCUUAAUACCGCAUUUUACAAAAACUAAUGUUAUUACUACAAAUAAAAUGUUAAUUAUUGCUCCACGAAAUAAGAAAAUGAACUAGCCAAUAUGAAAUAGCGAAGGCAUGUUUGCAUUUUCUCCAAUUUACUUUUGUCAAAAAAAAAAACCUUAUUUUAUUUAGAUAAAACGCUGACAAACACUUCUUGUUAUGCAGGAAUAACUAAUUAUUUAAACUUAGGUACUAUAUGUACCUAUUUUAUCCUUUCCACUUUUAUUCAAAUAAAAAGAAAGUAAUCGUGGAACGAACGCUGACAAACAUUUCUUGAUAAUGCAGGAAUAAUUAAUUAUUUUAACGUAGGUACGGGAUGAACCUA